AAAACGCGUCCUCCAUGUUUUUCAUGCCCCAACUGUGAGAGACAUGCGCCAACGGCUUACGGGGGCCGUUUCAAUUUGGUCACUUCUGGCGCAUUCUUACUCGUCAGAGAGGAAAACACCAGAGAGAGAGGAAAAUUCGUCAAUCGUAACGUGCAGGUCGGGUGGAGAAGAUGUGAAAAUUUUCAAUUGAUUGCAAUGUGGAGGACAAUCGAACUGUGAAAUUGCCCUAUUUGGGAGAUUCUAAAGUGUCAUAGUUGCAUUCGUCAGUGUUUCUCGGUGAGAAAAAUUCCGUAAUAAUGUGCACCAAAACCCUGUCGUGUCCACUGUGUUGUCAGUCUAAUUUUCCGAACAUCGAUGCCUUACGUAUUAGCCUACUUAAGGUUACAUCGCGGCCAUUAAAAUGUCCGAUCUGUGCUGAGCAACUGCUCGGGUUGGAUAAACUGACGAUUCAUCUUUUCGGACACUCGAUCCUAGGACAAGAAGAAGAGCGUGCUCCCGUGGUGGAAGAAAAAAAGAAACCUACAAUAACGGCUUCACUGAAAAAUGUUCGGAAACCUAAAAAAGAAGCAACAGUCAUCAGCGCAGGUGUCAUCAAUAAUGGAAACUUUCGGGAGAAACAAAGUGUCAACAAAGUCAAGUGCGACAUUUGCGCAGAAGAAUUUAGUGAUAAAAAUUUUCUCAAAAUGCACAAAUCUGUGUUUCACGAGAUUUCGACGGUAUCAAGCCGAAGCCCCCCAAAAACUAGCCAGGAAACGGGGAUGACAAUCGAAGAACCCAAAGAUCUCUUCCAAUGCAGCAUGUGCCCAAAAGCUUUUAGGAUGAAAGGAUCACUGAAGAUACAUAUACGGUGUGUGCACUUGGGGUGCCAGAAGAAAGGUACACUGAGUAGUAAUGGUUGCGCCACCCCUCAAUCAACGGUCACCAGUACCACCACAACAUCCGCUUACCACUAUCAAGAUGUGAUGCAGUUUGAUAUGCAAAACAGCAAUCAAGUGAUGUCAACACAGACUCAACCGCAACUUGCACCGCUAACAUCAACAGUUUCGAUAGCACCCUCUAUGGGUCAAGCGCAAAUAAUAAAAAUCCUAGAUCCUAGACAAUUGGCGGAAUUCAUCUACGUAGCUAAUCACCAGCAGCAAGCCGUCGAAUGUCCGGCUCCAAAUGCUAGUCCACCCAGUGCUGCUUCUCCAGCUGGGAACUUUUCCGACAUUCCCUCCCCAUCGCAGGCCUCUCCGCAAUCGCUGGGAACUAUUUCAGAGACGAACAAACAGUGGGAGUGCGAUGUUUGCUUGAAAAGUUUUACCACCAAAUACUUUCUGAAGAAACACAAACGGCUUCAUACAGGUGAAAUGCCCUACUCAUGCCAAAUCUGCGGAAAAUCGUUCACCUUCCAGCAAUCCUAUCACAAGCAUCUUUUGUAUCACAGUGACGAAAAGCCCCACAUCUGUACGGUGUGCAAUCGAGCCUUCAAAGAACUUUCGACGCUGCACAACCAUGAACGGAUCCAUAGCGGGGAGAAACCUUUCUCUUGCGAAACUUGUGGCAAGUGCUUUCGUCAGCGGGUAUCCUAUCUAGUCCACCGGAGAAUCCACACCAACACACAGCCCUACAAGUGCACGGCAUGUGACAAAAGCUUCCGUUACAAGGUAUCUCAGCGCACACACAAAUGUCCGGCUCAACCGCCAGGAACCGUCGUCCGUCAGACGGGUGAUUUGCUGCAAAAGCUCCUCCAGUCAUCGGCAAUUCUCCCGACUCUACACGACGCGGCUUCCCCGAUGACUGAUUCAGAACCGCCGCACUCCAUCGAGAGUACCGACCAAUCCGAACCACAGGAGAUUAAGUCUGAAGACUACAUCAACCGUACCCUGGACGAACUGUUCAAUGAGUCCUACGACAAAAUGGGUAUCGGACAUCCUACCGGCAAUUUUGGAACCGACCAGGACCAACCCCGCCAGUUGCUGUACGACUCAUCGAAUCAUCGUGGUGACAGCCAGAAUCACUCGACAGGCACCGGUGAAAGUGCCAUUGUUCCCCGGAUCGAAAAUCUUUGCUUGCUCUCCCCCGAUCCUCAGGACGUUAUUGCAUUCGACGGUGAUACCAUGGAGGUUAUUGACUCGAUUAAACUAGACCUACUGUACAACUGAAAGCUGAAAGCUGUUGGCAUUGAUCAAGAAAAAGCUAUUCUUUUUUUAAUUGGUGGAGUAGUCUAAGAGAUUUUGCAACACUUACAGUUCGUUCUGCAAUUUAUUUGAUAAGCAUUUUGAAAUAGUAGCAUAUAGAAUUGAUCGAACGAAUCGACAGUUUAGGUAAACAUUUGAUCGAUGAUAAUUUAAACGCAUGCAACUACUGGAGGAUGUAGUCUUAUAAUUGGCAGUUGACAAUACUGAUCUGCAAAACGAAUCAUCUGCGUUUUUUGUUUUUUUUUCUACAAAAUAUAUUUUUUCUGCCAGCUACA